AUGGAGCAGCAUGUGGAGAGCAAUGGCGGCGACAACGGUGGUGGGUACUUCACUCUCCUCGCCGACGUCGAAGUCUUGAGCAAAGAUAAAGGGUCCGAAUGUGCAUGGUUCCCUGCAACUAUUUUAGACCCACCAGCAAACCCAUCAGCCUCAAAAAGAAAGACCUUUACUUCCACCAAGGUUUUGAUUCAGUACAAGACUCUUGUCUCCGACAAUGACCCCACCGAGCCGCUCGUGGAGCCCACCACCUUGCGGCUUCUCAGGCCGGCUCCUCUGGCGGACAAUGCGGAGGAGAGGUUUGAGCAGAACGAUGUCGUUGAUGCUUUUUAUGCUGAUGGGUGGUGGCCUGGGGUGGUAAUGAGUGUUGUGGGGGACAAGUAUACUGUGGGGUUUAAGAACCCUCCGGAUGUGUUGGAGGUUGAGCGAAGUGGGUUGAGGCCACAUUGGGAUUGGGACCAUGGGGUUUGGACCAGAGCUCCAAGGAAGGAGUUUGGGGGAUCAAAUUACAAGCCAGGGACAGCAGUUGAAGUGAAUUUGGAAAGAAAUCAUCUAUGGUGUUCUUGGAUACCUGCAAUUUUUAUUGGUCAGCUUGGGAGUGACUCUUUCUUGGUGCAAUAUAGAUACAAGACCCCUGAAAAUGGUAACGAGAAUGGCCUUGUUAAAGUAGUUGUAGCUGAUCAUCAGAUUCGGCCUUGCCCUCCACAGCAAGAGGAAAACGAUUUUGCCUUGUUGCAAAUGGUGGAUGCUUUUGAUGACAUGGGUUGGUGGGUUGGGGAAAUUACAAAAGUUCUUGCAGACAAGAAAUACAUUGUCGCUUUCAAAUUCACAAAGGAGGAGAAGGAGUUCUGUCAUUCAGAAUUAAGAUGCCACUUGGAAUGGAUUGACAAAAAAUGGACUACCCUUUUGGAAUUUCAUUCUACUAUGAAAUAUGGACAACCGAGACAUGCACAUGAAAAUUCCAGCAAUUCUGGGGGCAAAACACCUCGUCGUACCAAGUUUGGGAUGAAGCAGUUGAGUCCUUGCAAAGAUAUGUUACCUUGUGGAAAGACCACAGACAAACUGAAAAUAUCUCAGCAUCCUAGUGAUGAUUCAACAUGUUUAAGUCCCUCUCCCUGCAAGAAGUCAUUAGAGGAAGAUUCAGAAGACACCUCUUCUCUUCCCCAAUCCUAUCGAAGGAAGACCCCAGCUAUGGCAUCCAAGAGGAAAGGCCUUUUUGAUAAUGAAGAGACAAAUGAACAACAGCAGGUUGAACAAGUGGAUAGUCGGGCAAUCACUGUUGUCAAAACAGGUACACAACCAGACUUAAAAUUUGUAAAACAUCGAAGGGAUAGUCGCCACUGCUGUCAAAACAAUCAGCAAAUUGUAAGAGGUGACCGAGAGUACAUUGAAGAUGAAACUAUCGUGUCAGAACCUGAAAAAAUUAGGUGCUUGCAUGCUGGAAAUACAUCUCUGCUCCUUGUGAAGGAUGAACUGAGCAGUGGAAUUAUAGGGAAGGAAACACAAGCUGAGUUACUUAUUCAAAGGUCAAAAGAUCCAACAGCAGGUUGUAUGAAUCAUUUACUUGAAAAGCCUGCAGGUCCUAGGUUGAACCAAAACCUGGAAACUUACCAUAGACAGAAAAGGUUCAAACUAACAGGUGUGAAGCAAAAUGGAACUGGAGUUGUCACUGAUGAAGUGUUCGAGACUAAUGUUGAACAUAUAGGUAACCAUGCUGGGACUGUCAACCAACAAGAGGAAAGUCCACUUUUGCCUUUUGUGAAGAUAUCUCCACUAUGGGAACAUUUUGAAUCCAUGGAAGUAUUCAAAAAGUUCCCGCAGAAGCCACAUUUUCGUCCUUUGGUGGAGAAGAAUGAUGUAUUUCGUGAAGGAUUUGCCAUUGGAAGUAUGUCAGCCUUUGCUUCUUUGGUUGAGAAGGUUUCCAAUUUACGAGUUGAUGAUCCUAAAGAAUUAGUGGAAAGCUAUUUGGAAGGACCAGCUGAACUGGAAUUGUUAGGAUUUGAUGACAAGGCAAUAAGGCAUCGUCUGACUGAAUUGCUAGACAUGAAAGUGAAGUUGGGACAACUUGAGAACCGAUCAAGAGAAGUUGACUUUAGGAUCACAGGGAGUACUCAUGAGACAACUACCUAUGAUGAAAUAAUCGGUGGGAUUGAGAAGAAGAUUAAGGACUUGAAAGAAAAACGGAUGAUGGCAGUGUCAAUGAAAAAGGAAAAAGUUUCUGAAACUAGAAGGUUGCAAGCAGAAGCAAAAGCUAUCAAUGAAGACAUCCAGAGUACAAGGUGUGAUUUCGGAAAACUAGUGGCUGCUGAAUGGUGAUUAUGGCAUUCUGGUGAUUGAUAAUCCCCCAGAUGAUUACUCAGUUUGUUAAUCCUAUUUUGUUUGGACAAGAUUGUCCAUGGAAAUACACAUUUGACUUGUACAAUGGUGGUAGUACCAAUCUGUGUGGUAGCGGCCAUGAUCAAUGCUGGUAAUAGGAGUCUAUGAUGC